AGCUGUCUUUUCCUCUGUUAUUUCCACACAUACAGAGCACAGGACACAGGGAACACGGAACCCCGCCAGCUCCGAACUAAAUACAUCCACAUGGGCAUUUAGGGGACACCGCUAAGAAAAUUGGAUUGGACCGGACUGGACUGGUUGGCCAACAAGACACCUGAAAACCUCCCAUCCCAAAAAUGUCUGGUGAAUAAUUGGAGCUAUUUUUCACAUGUCUCCAACAAGUAUAGGCCAAACGAAUAACCGAACAAUCUAGACAAGAGUUAAAAGAUAUCAUACUAACUUCUUGUGAUGUCCAUAAACUGAAGUCAUAACAUAUUGAAUUUACUCAGCAAAUCUUUACUGCCCCUUUAUACCCCGUACUACGGUACAACAUGGACGCUACACCAACCAGCACACAGAGAAGCUUGCUAUGAUAGCUCUGACUGGUGUGCAUUAUAUCAGCAUUCAUAAUGAUAACUCCCGCGUUUGACCUGAGCCAAGAUCCCGACUACCUGAUCCUCAGCAUCCGUGUGCCCUACACCAGAACAUCAGAGUUUGACCUUUACAUUGAUGGAGCAGAUUUCAAAUUCUUUGCCAAGCCCUACUUUCUUAGAUUAUGCCUUCCUGGAAGACUGGUGGAGGAUGGGAGAGAAAAGGCCACAUUUGACAUUGAUAAAGGAAUUUUCACUGUUCGGGUCCCGAAGGAAACAGCUGGAGAGCACUUUGAAGGCCUCCAGAUGCUGACGAGUCUCCUUGCCCCAAAGGGUUCCCGUUCAGCAAAGCCACUGGCAGAAGACGUGAGCACAGAUGGAUGCAGUCAAACUAUGGGAGAUGAUGAAGAGGAAGAUGAGGAAGAAUUUGAUUGGCAGGUCGAGCAGGAGGUGUACAAGGAGAGCUCUGAAGAGGAGCUGAGAGCCCUGCAGAAAUACGGCUUUGGCAAUCAGAGGUCUGGAGUGUUUGCCAGAUUACAGGAGGAACUCGGUGAUGUGAUUGAUAACGGGAACCCAGACGGCACCACAGCAGCAGAGAGGAGGCAGGCACGGCUGGAAGCAGAGGCAUCAGCUUUCUCUCCUGAUCAUUACUUGGCUGAUUUGUUUGAGGAUGAUGAGAUAAAGGGGUUGCUGAAGUUUACACCCUGGUGGACAAAGCUGAGUCCUUCUACAGAGCAGGAAGGAGAAGCUGCUGUGUCAUUCACCGACAACGAGAAGGAGCAGCUGAGAAAAUUCACCAACCGUUCCUACCUGCUGGACAAGACUUCCCGUUACCAAGUGUGGCUCAGCCUCGUGGACAUUCUGCUGGCGUAUUCCUACGAAGUGCGCUCCACCGAGGGAGAGCACAGUGUGGAGUCACCGUGGACAAUCAGAAAACUCAGUGGGACACUCUGCUGGCUGGAGACAUACAGCUCUUUGCAAGAGGUCCUGGUGUCAUUUGGACGGAGGGUUUUGUGCUACCCACUCUACAGACACUUUGCCAUGGUUUCUGUGGCUGUUCGUGACACAGCUAAGAUUUUGCAGACAGGGAAAGCCUGUGUCCUCAGAUGUCUGCUGGAUAUUCACAGAGUCUUCCGAGAGAAUGACCCGGCCUACAUACUGAACGAUCUAUACAUCACGGACUACUGCAUCUGGAUCCAGAGGGUCAAGUCCAAGAAGGUGACAGCCUUAGCCGAAACAUUACAAAAAGCUUCCCUGCGGAAAGAAGACUUGGAGCUGGAGCUUGAGGAGCUGGAGGAGGCAGCGACAAUGGUAGUGGAAGAAGAAGGGCAGGGUGCUUCCAAGAAUGCUCUGAUAUCCUGCAGCGACAGCAGCUGCACCAGCAACGAGGAGUCUGAUGAGAGUGAGGAAUCUGAGGCUGUAGGGCAAGGCUGCACCGAAUCCAGUGAGCGAGAAGGAGGAGGAGGGACAUCUAAGCACAACCCUCUCCAGCCCCACCCCACCUCCACUGCCUCUCCCAUCCCCCAGGAGCCCGCCAGCACACUCCUCUCAGUGGAGAGGAAAGCAAACGCCUUCCCCGCAGCCUCAGAAGGCUCCAGUCAGCUGAUUCAGGAGCUGGGGGAGCACUUUGCAGAGGAGCUGAGAGUCUCUCCAGACUCUGGCUACAAAGCAGAGAGAGACAGCUCACAGCUGAGCAGUGCUGCAUCAAAGACUGAAGUAACACCUGGGAGGUGCAGUAGUGGGACUCUGUUAGAGCUGAGCCCUCGCCGAAACCCACUGCUCAUCGUUCAGACACAGGAAGAAGACGAUGAGCUGAUGAUGACACUGUCUUCAUGACAGAAAGUGUCCUGGAACUCGAAUGCCACUUGAUGAACUUUGAACUGUUAACUUCAUGUAAGUGUUCUAAGAAAAUGUGUUUUGACUUUUUUAUCUUUUAAUGAUUUCAUUGCCAGUUUUUGAUUUUUCUUUUAAUUGUUGCUGCUUUUCUUUGAUACUAAGUGAUGAUUUUAGUGCUUUAAAUAAAGAGGAAGAAGAAGAACCAGAUUUUCUAUAGCAAAUUUUUUCUCAAUUGAUGAACAUGUUAAGCUUCAUUGAAAUCCUCAUUUCCAGUUGUUUAAUGAGCAUGUGUGCUUUUAGUUGUCCUCAUUUCAUUAGAAGGUAGAAGAAUUAGCCCAGCCUCCUCCUGCUUUUGUCUUGCUUGUUACCUUACUUUCCUCUUACUGCUGCUCUGUAUCUAAGUUGCUAUGCGAAUGUGUUUAUACAUUUUGAACAUAAAGUACUAUGUUUGA